AUGGCCAUGGGCCAUACCCUUGAAGAGAGUGGGGCCAGGGCAGGUCUGGCUCCGGAAACAGCUCUGACCAGAGAUUGGCAGUCUGGGUCUAGGCCCCACGUGGUCAGUGCCCUCCAGAAAGUCCCCCUGAGCCUUGGUUUCCCUGAAAGGACGAUCUGCGUUUUACUCGCCUCCCAGAACUGUUUGGAAGGGGGUCGUGAGCCUUCCCAGAGGGUCAGUGCUACAGAAGCGAUCCUGGGAGGUCAUCUGAUUAACCCUCCUGGUUUUGCAUUUAAGGAAACGGAGGCUCAGAAGAAGCGUCUGGGCCGGGGCUGCAGAUGUCAGUGGCCAAGCCAGGCCUCUGUGAGUCGUGGGCACUCCACUUGGAGUACAGCUCUGGAGAAACCAGCGGGACUCGGACAGGAGGGCCCACAGGGAAAGGGGUGGUGUUACCAAGGAAAAGGAAUGGUUGAUGCUGUUGCGGGGCAGCCAAGAAGCCCUCAGCUCCAAUGCAACACUUUAGUUGACAUUCCACUGACACUUUGUCACACUUGGGGCCCCUCGCUUGUUCAGGAAAUUCCUUGCUGUGCCUGA